AUAGCUUAUGCAAUUAAAUUAGUCUACAGGGCAAAGCUGCAAAAAAGGGCAUUUAAAAUGGCAAUGGCAAUGGUCAAAAUGAGGCCAUUCCAUCGUCUUCUUCUUCUCUCGUCGUCAUCAUCGUCCUCCCGAAACCCUAGAAGCAAAACCUUCACAGUUCCCACCAACAGCAAAAAAAUGUCAUCUUGGGCGUGCUCGACCUGCACUUUCAUAAACCCACCUUCCCAGAAAUCCGCAUGCGGAAUAUGCCUCUCCGCCGCACCCACACCGCCGCCGUCUCCGUCGAAGCCCGAUUGGCCUUGCGUGGCCUGCACUUUCCUUAACCCGUUCCACUCCCUCCGGUGCGAAGUUUGCGGGACCCGAGCUCCGGCCGCUUCGCUUUCAGCGCUCCUCGACACAGAAGACGACGACGACCCGCAAUCCGUGGGCACCGUUUUCUUGCCCUUGAGAUCUUGCAGUAAUAGGGCCAAGAAAUCUGGGGCAUCCGACCCGGUUGAGGUAGUUGAUGAUGUAACCGCUGUAUCCCAUCAGACGAUUUACGGGUCGGGUCUGGAUAAUAAUGCCCAUGGGUCCAUGGCCGGGAAGAAAAAGAGGAAAAGUAUGGAAGAAGAACUAGUGGCUGGGAAUGAUGGAAUUGGCUUCAGUGAUGUCAAAGCAGGGAAAAAUGUUAUGAAUGAAUCACUGGGUGACAGAGAAAAAGCAUCUAGCAAAACAAGCUUGGGCAUGAUGGGGGAAUCCCGGGUGUUGAAGAUUUUGACAUAUAAUGUUUGGUUUCGUGAAGAUCUGGAGAUGCAUAAACGUAUGGAAGCUAUAGGAGAACUUGUUCAGUUGCAUUCCCCACACAUUAUAUGUUUUCAGGAGGUUACUCCCACAAUUUACGACAUCUUUCAGCAUGCUAGCUGGUGGAAGGCUUAUCGUUGUUCUGUGUCAAGUGAUUUGGCAUUUUCGAGGCCAUACUUCUGUAUGUUGCUAACGAAACUGCCAGUGAAGAACUUCAGCUCCAAACCUUUUGGCAAUUCUGUGAUGGGAAGAGAACUUUGCGUUGCUGAGAUUGAAGUGGAGAAAGGGCUGCACUUGGUGGUUGCGACCAGCCAUCUCGAGAGCCCUUGCCCGGGCCCACCCAAGUGGGACCAGAUGUUCAGCAAGGAGCGUGUGGCUCAAGCGAAGGAGUCCAUAAACCUCCUUCGCCAAAGCCCAAACGCUAUACUUUGCGGGGACAUGAAUUGGGAUGACAAACUGGAUGGCCCAUUCCCUCUACCGGAGGGAUGGGCCGAUGCGUGGGCCACCCUGAGGGGUGGAGAGGUGGGGUACACGUACGACACGAAGAAGAAUGUGAUGCUGAGUGGGAACAGGUCACUUCAGAAACGACUGGACAGAUUCUUAUGUGGCCUGCGCGACUUCAAGAUGCAUAAGAUUGCGAUGAUUGGGCAGGAACCAAUCCCGGGCUUGUUUUAUGGUAAAGAAAAGAAAGUGAGGAAUGAGGUUAAGAAGCUGAGCCUCCCUGUCCUGCCUAGUGAUCAUUUUGGUUUGCUUUUGGAGAUUCUUACUCCCAUUUAGUUGGAAGGAACUGACUGUUAAAAUGAUGCCUUUUUUUGCAUAGAUGAUCCAUAAUAAGAAUUUAUGUUUAGG